AUGGAUGAAAAGGGAUGCCGGAUAACUGUACACAAGCAGAACACAGUCCUAGCAGAGAAAGGAAGCAAAAGAGUUCAUCUCAUUGCCCCUGAACACGCGGAAAAUGUUACGAUAGCAAUGUGCGUGAAUGCGAUUGGUACUGCGAUACCACCUAUGAUCCUCUUUAAAGGAAAAAGACAGAGACCUGAUCUAUGUGAUAACUUACCACCAGGAACGUUAGUCAGGAUGGCACCGAAAGGCAGUAUGACUGCUGAUUUGUUUGUGGAGUUUAUUAAGCACUUAGCGAAAUACAAGGUUGCUGGAAAAUGUUUACUUAUAUUUGAUGGUGCCAAAUGUCACUUGUCAAUAGAAGUUUUAGAUGAAGCUGAUAAAAACGAUAUAGUUUUGUAUUGCCUCCCUUCUAACACAACGCAUGAGCUUCAGCCCUUAGACAAAUCAGUCAAUAAGUCGUAUGAACACCACUGGGAUGAAGCAGUUCUGAACUUCUUAUAUACACACCCCGACAAAACAAUGUCAAAAGCCACUUUUAAUAAGAUAUUUAGUCAAGUCUGGCCCAAAUGCAUGACGCAUAGCAACAUUGUGAAUGGAUUUGCGGCAACAGGAUUAUUCUCGUUUAAUCCUGAAGCUAUGCCGAAGGAAGCAGAUGCCCCAUCAAUUUUGUCUGAAAUUGCAUGGCCACAAACUAGCGUGGAGCCCAUACAAAGUCCUUUAUCUGACGUCAUAUUGAACGAUGACACUGUACGACAUAUGAUUGGCUCCUGCAGAACUCUACAUCUGAUGUAUUAG